AGCCAAACCAAACGCAUGGAUUUGACGCACUCGCGUAUUCCCACCCAGCCCACACUUCCUGCAGCGCUGCUUUCGCUAAAACCCCGGAUAUCGGACGGAGCGCAUCAUCCGCCGCCGCUCUGCCAAGCCGGACAUCGGGGCUGUGCUUUCCCCGCUGCGCCGCCCCCUUUAUCGCCGCGGAGGUUCUGGCUCGUGAUCCGGGAGGAUGGGCACAUGGUGACAGCUCGCCAGGAGCCGCGGCUCGUCCUUAUUUCUGCCGACUGUGAUGACGGGCACCUGGUCUUGGAGGCCGGGGACAUGGAGAGGAUAAGCGUGCCUGUAAAGCUCCCCAAGACGAACCCAGUCCGCAACUGCAGGGUGUUUGGACAGGAUAUCCAAGGCAGGGACUGUGGUGAUGAAGUGGCUCAGUGGAUCACCACCUUCCUGAACUCAGAGCCCUGUCGACUGGUGCACUUUGAGCCCUCCAUGAUACCGAGAAAGUCAAAGGACACAAUCGCCCUUUUCCGAAACACAGAUGAGGUUGCCUAUCCUGACUGCAGCCCAGUCCUGAUCAUCUCUGAAGCUUCAAUGGACGACUUAAAUACCAGGCUGGAAAAGAAAGCUAAGAUACAGAACUUCAGGCCAAAUAUUUUUGUAACAGACUGCAAUGCUUUUGAGGAGGACACCUGGGAGGAUAUUCUUAUUGGUGACGUGGAGAUGAAAGGGACCGUGUGUUGUGGCAGGUGUAUUUUAACCACCGUUAAUCCAGACACGGGGGUCAUCGACAGGAAGGAGCCCUUGGAAACACUGAAAAGCUACCGCUUAUGUGACCCGUCUGAGAAACACAUUUACAAAACUAGCCCUCUCUUUGGGAAAUACUUUGCUGUUGACAAAACUGGAACGAUUCAAGUUGGAGACCCUGUGUACAAGAUGGUCUGGGAAUGAAGGAGACUGAUCAGAAGAUGCUUUUUCCUUUGAUAUGCAGAUUGUUUUUCCAUGUACACAGUCACCAGCAUAACGUUUUCUUCUUCCUUGCAAUAUUUUUUGUGCUUUUUAAGGUGCAGGAGGUUCUUUGAGGGUGCGAGGUGCCAGUCCUUUCAGAUCAUGUAAUCUACUGGCUCACCUGUAGUAACCACAUCUUUAGUUCUCCUGGAGGCUGUUGUAGAAGAAACUGAUCCCAGACAGACUUCACAGCACUACUGUGGGCAUCACACCUCCUAAAAUUUCCUGUCAACUGCAGUAUUGGAAUCCAAAAUCAUGUACAAGGGUUUGCAUCAUGUCUUAGGUACAUUUAGUGCCUAUAAAGAACCACAGAAACAUUUAUGCCAAGUGCAAAGUAUGUAAAGGCACAGAGCUGCCUUUACAAGUGAUCAUGGAAUACAGAUGGCAGGGCUCUGCUUCCCUCCUUUGGUCCUAAUCCUUGUUGGAUUCUUUGGUCCUAAUCAUCUUGCCCUGUUUAUGUCCAGAGGUAGUUUUUAGCAGUGUUGCUUUUUUUUUGAAGUUGUUUCCUGAGGAUUUCUACUGUCUCUUGAGAUUGAAGUAGUAUCAGAAGGAGGAUUGUGAUCUGACUAAAUGAUAGUCAGGUCUAGACGUGGAGUGCUGUGUAAGGCUGUGGGCUUGUUUAGUUUGUGAUCUCUGCUUGACAGUUUGAACUGUCAGUUUUUUAUCCUGUGAACAAUACCAUAACACUGAGGCUGUAGAGUGGUGAUGCAUUUGCUAACAGCAGUAGAAUUUCCAGUUUGACUGAAAGAACUGGAUGUUCACUGUGUCAGAGACUUCGUGCACAUUGAAGGGGAAGAAAAGCCGUAGGGAGUGAUCUGAUACUGAACCUGCCCUGUUCAAGCUGCUGUCCAGGCCAUUAUUGUAGGGCUCAUGCACAGCUCCUCUCUGGCUCAGUGAAUCCCUUUGUGUAGAAAGUUAGGCUGCAGUUAGAGCAUGUUAGCAUCCUUACUGGUUCUGCAUUUAAAUCUCUGGUUUGACCCCGUCCUGCUCCAGUCUAACCAAAAUGUCAGCCGUUUGUAGGACACUGAUAAUUAUAUUUCCUACUGCAUAAAACAAAUAAGGGAGAAGACUAGUUAAGUCACAGCAGUGUUAUCUUUUCUUUAAAUGUUACAUGAUUUUUUUUAAGUGACCUCCAGGACAAAAGCCUGCCAUCUUUUGAAUGCUUGUCUGCUUGUUUCUUUUUAUGGAUACUAAAUUUGAAAAGAGUGUUGCCCUAACCUAAAAGAGGAAUCAAAUUAGCUGUGAAGAAUGACACAUAUGAUCCAAUCUAAUGUUUAGAUUCUUCAUUUUCUAUUGUAAGUAUGAAAAGGGAAUUUUGAUGCAUGUUCACAACUCAGACCUGAAAAAUGAAGAGCCGUUGAGCUUUGAGAAAGUGCAGGUGGUGGCAAGCCUGAAGCAGUCAGAUGGAAGAUGUAGUUUUAUAUUAUUUGUGAACUCAGAGUUGCUCUGAAUGCUAUUUUGCCAGCAGGGUGCUUUGUAAGUAUUAGGUUUUCCUGGGACAAGUGCCCAGUUUGAAGUUGCAUGUUUGUGUAUUGUUAUGUCUGAUGCAGCAACUAGUGGGAAGAAGUGAGAGAAAAAGCAUCUUUUGAAAAGAAAGAAUUCUGAGGCUCACUCUUAAAAAGAACAUGUUGGAAGUUCUUAGUGUUAGAAGCUGAAAGCUUGUGGAAUUCCUAAUGGUGUCAUUAAGCACAGGCAGCCUGCUGGCCUGCCAAAGCAAUCAGUUAAGAGUGUGUCUCUUCAUUAAGUCAAAGAAGCGGAAGGAAAAAGAGCUGAUUUUUUUGGCUUCCGGCCAAAUUUAUUUUUUCCAUUGUUCUAGCAGCACAUCAGCAUUUACAUAACACAAAUUGUGUGGUAUAGAUCCCAUUGCCUCUCAUUAGGCUGCUGUCAAUUGGGCUGAUUUGGAAAUGGGGCUGUCUUUGUAAGGAGAAACUGCCAUCUGCAUCCCUGUUUAGGAGAGGCCAUAGCUCUAAACCCCUGAUUUACUCCUGUAAAACCUCUUAGCAGGAUAUGGCUGGAAUCCUAGGACAGGUGUGCAUCUGAGGACAACAUGGUUCACAGAUGACACUUAAUUAUGUGGUCAUUUUGUGAAGUUAGGAGUUAGAACAUUGCACUGUGAAUAUCUUCUUAUGACUGUUGAUUUGCUGUAACUGUAGGAAUUGUGUUUGAUUUUGUUUAUGCAAUUUAGAAAAUUGACUGAAAAGUGUCAAUCAUAAGCCACUGUUUUUAAAAUUGUGUACUUAAACAAUUGUUGAUUUUUUUAACUCUGGAGGAAGCAAACAAAAGUAUAAACUUCUAAUGAAUACA